AUGUCACAGUUAGUCAACCAUACUCCCUUUAAUGUGCGCCAUGUCUUUCCCUUUUUGGACCGCGUCGUGUACUUGUGUCUCGGUGACGUCGUGUAUGCGGGGCCAACCCGCAACCUGCUGGAUUACUUCGGGAGCAUCGGAUUCCCUUGUCCACAACUUGAGAACCCGUUAAUGUACUACUUAUGUCUAUCGACAGUGGAUAGACGAUCCCGAGAGCGCUUCAUAGAAUCCAACCAUCAGAUCGCGGCGUUAGUUGAAAAAUUCAAGCUGGAAGGACAAGGUCUAAUGCAAGGCAACCUGAAUGAGCAUAGUCGUAUAAUUAAUCCAAACAAGAUUCAGUUGAAUUACGGCAAGCCAAGCGGCUUCAAAGUCAUUUGGAUGUUGUAUGUGAGAAUGCUCGUAUCAAUAUUCAAUUUAAAGAAGCACGGUAUAAAACAAAUGUGUAUGAGAUUAUUUUGUCUACCUAUAUAUUUUUUAAUACUGUGGCUCUUCUACAACGAGGCUAAGGACUAUCAAAGAACUUUUAUAACUAAGAGUGGACUUAUAUUUAACGCUAUGGUAGGCACCUACUUCAUCAGUAUAAUGAAUACUAUUUGUCUAUUUGGUCCAUAUAGAACAAGAUACUACCAAGAAACGCAAGAAGGACUGUACAGUGGCGCCAGUUUACUGCUCUCCUGGAAUUUGGUAUCUUUACCAUUCUCCUUCAUCAGUACAUUUGCCUCAGUCGCUAUAGUUUAUUCGAUAAUCGGGGAUAUGUCUGAAACAUUGGACUAUGUGUACUUCUCACUCGUGUUAUGGUCGUGCUACGUUUACACAGAGCAGCAGACCAUUGCCAUCAUGAUGUUCGUGAAGAACGGUCUAAUCGCGGCCAUUGUUAAUAUUUAUAUUACUUGUAUUUAUGUUAUGCUAGCUAGCGGCAUCUUGAGAUCAUAUAAAGGCUUUGAAGAGUGGCUGUAUUAUAUAACAUACAUAACACAUACACGGUACGCGUCGAUAUUCCUGCACCAAAAUGUGUUCAGACAACCCAUCUUCAACAACCUGCCAUACACGGACAACGAGAACUGCACGUCUAUAACCAGUCUUAUACAAACAUCAUCGAGUCUAAAUACAAAUUCGAACUCGAAUUGCAGAUAUGUGAAUGGCAAAGGAUUCCUGGCUGAAAGAUUCACAUCGAAAAAUUUCGUCGGUGAUAUUUACACUUCUGGAGAUUUCAACUUAGAGUUCAAUUUGGGAAUCUCGUUUGCCUUUUCAGUUGGUCUCAUGGUUUUCAAUAAGUUUUUAUAUCUCAUGCCACUGCCCAGUUAUAUCACAGAUAAAUUUAGAGAGUGAAAAUAGAAGUAAAUUGAUAUUAUUGAUUAGAUGUAACAAAUGUAACAAACGUAAAAUAUUAUUUAGAAAUUAA